CUCAAAUUACAUACUUUCUUUUAGCUUUCUGAAUCCGAAGAAUCCCAUGGAUCUCAUCAACAAUUUCUUGAAUCUCAUAAUUCACCGUAUAUCUCAAACUGCCUUUUCCUACAUUUUCCCACUUUAUUUCUUCUUCAAGCUUCUUUUAUUCCCAAUAAGAUCCACUUUUGCCGAAGAUGUCGCCGGAAAAGUUGUUCUCAUCACCGGAGCAUCCUCAGGCAUCGGCGAGCAUGUGGCUUACGAGUACGCUAAAAGAGGAGCUUAUUUAGCGUUGGUUGCCAGAAGAGAAAACCGUCUCCGGGAAGUUGCGGAGGUGGCUGAGAUUUUGGGCUCACCUUUUGCUCUUGUUAUUCAUGCUGACGUCUCCGACGUUGAUGAUUGUAAACGGUGUGUUCAAACAACUCUCGCUCACUUCGGACGUUUGGAUCACUUGGUUAACAACGCGGGGAUAACCAGCAUCAACUUGUUCGAAGAAUAUGACGACCCAAGAAACGUUGCAUCAGUAAUGGACACAGACUUCUGGGGAACGGUUUAUUGCACUUAUUACGCCAUUCCAUACCUCAAACAAACAAGAGGCAAAAUCAUCGGAAUUGCUUCCUCCGCCGCCUGGCUACCCACCCCUCGCCUCAGCUUCUACACUGCAAGCAAAGCAGCAGUGAUAAGUUUCUACGAGACAUUGAGAGUUGAAAUUGGGAGAGAUGUCGGAAUUACGAUUGUGACACCGGGGUUGACGGAGUCGGAGAUGACGCAGGGGAAAUUCAUGUUUGAAGAUGGGAAGAUGUACCUGGAUCAAGAAUUGAGAGAUGCGGUAAUGAGUGUAAUGCCGAUAGAGGCGGUGGGCAGUGCAGCGGAGGCCAUUGUGAAGGGUGGCUGCAGGGGAGAUGAGUAUGUGACGGAACCGCCGUGGAUGAGGAUGACGUUUUACUGGAGGAUGUUUUUGCCGGAGAUGGUCGAGUGGUUGAAUCACUUGUUUAUUAUGACCGGAAGUUCCCCGACGGAGAGUUUCGGGAAAAGGGUACUCGAGUUUACAGGAUUGAAGCCCUUUAUUUAUCCAGCUUCGGUGCGAUGCUCGGAAUUGGGAUAUGAAAAGGAAUACUACUAGUAUUGUUGUCUUUGUUUUUAUGGUUAACUUUGUAAUUGGAGAGCGAUUAGAAGGAAUUUUUAUUUUUGUUAUCCAAAUAGUGAAUAUAUCUUAGGUGGAAUAUUUGUUUUGUGGCAGUGUUACGUGUUGCUUCUCAGGCAUGCAUGCUAGCACACGUGUUCAUCCGUUUUGUUCUUUCCUUCCUUUGGUUAAAAUUUAAAUUUCAAACUUCCAAACUCUGUUAUGUGUAAUGAAAUGAUCCAACAAUUCUAUGGAUCCCCUCAAUAAUUUCUUAAACCUUAUACUUC